AUGAAUAUUAUGGAAAAUAAAGAAAAUAAUAAAGAAAAAGAUAAAAAAAAGGAAUCAGAUAAAGAUUUAGAAAAUUGGAGUAUUAAAUAUAGUGUAUAUAAUUCAUGUUUUUUAUUACUUUCUAGUUUGCAACUAUAUUUUUUAGGGGAAAAAACAAAACAAAAAAAAAAAUGUUUUAAUUUAAAUAGAACAGAUUUUUUGAAAAAAAAAAAACAUAGUAAAAUCUUGUUGAAACAUAACUUUUUAAAUGAUUAUAGUAUGUAUUAUAAAGAACAAAAAAAAAUAUUUCUAGAUGAAGAAUCUUCAUAUGUCAUACCACUUUAUAAGAAAAAUAGAAAAAAAAAAGAAUAA